AUGUCUGAAGCAAUGGAAGUAGAUGAGACCAAACAAGUUGCUGAAUCUUCUAAUUCUGCUCCUAAGAGAUUUGUCGUUAAAAAGUGGAACGCGGUAGCUUUAUGGGCCUGGGAUAUCGUUGUUGAUAAUUGCGCUAUCUGUCGUUUCGAUGAUGAGAAGCUAAUGUUCGCGAUCUUGGUAAUCUUUAGGAAUCAUAUCAUGGACCUCUGCAUUGAGUGUCAAGCCAAUCAAGCUAGCGCGACAAACGAGGAAUGCACAGUCGCUUGGGGAACUUGUAACCACGCUUUUCAUUUUCAUUGUAUAUCCAGAUGGUUGAAGACUAGACAAGUUUGCCCAUUAGAUAACCGUGAAUGGGAGCUACAAAAGUAUGGUAGAUAA